CUCCGUUCCGACAAAGAAGCACAGGUGUUAGCCUGCGAGACGAGCUCUCUCAAGCUUCCCGAAGAUCACCACAUGAUUCAUGAAUCACUUCCUUCUUCCUCCUCACCGCUUUGCUUCUUUUAGCAGUGAACCAAACCAUACUCAAAUCCCCGAAACCGACAACUCCAUUGCAUUGCAUUGCAUCUGCUUUUAACCUCCGCUGCACGCUACCGCUCACCUUUCCCGAUUUCCAGUGCUCAAAUCCCUUCGUCUUCGAUCCGAAACCUCAUCAUUGUUGCUCAAACCGUUCUCACCUUCUUUCCAAGCAUUUUUGUCUCUCACUCUGCUCUCUCGCUUUUUUCUUCUGCGAUCUCAGAGGGCCUAUUGAGACCGCGUUCCUUAUAGGCUGUUGUUCUACUCUGAAUUUGAGGAGAGCUUGUUUAUAAUAAUUAGAAUUACGCCAUGAGGGGGCGCCAUGUUGUGGACAUAUCCUCGACGUACAAACGUGUAGCGUUAAAGGAUCAUGUAAAUGCUUACAGUAAACAAGAAAGUCCAGUGCGAUUUACUGGAUACCCUUCAUGGAAACGCUCCUUGCCGCAUGUAAUUGUAGCGACUCUUGCUUCAUUUUUGUUUGGCUACCAUCUUGGUGUAGUCAACGAAACCUUAGAGAGUAUUUCCUUAGACCUUGCCUUUAGUGGGAGUACAUUGGCCGAAGGUCUCGUAGUAAGUACAUGUUUAGGUGGUGCCUUUAUUGGAUCUCUAUUUAGUGGCUGGAUUGCAGAUGGGGUAGGGCGUCGUCGAGCAUUACAGCUUUGUGCAUUACCCAUGAUAAUUGGUGCAUCCAUGAGUGCAACCACAAAAAAUCUCUGGGGAAUGCUUCUUGGGAGGUUAUUUGUUGGAACUGGGAUGGGCCUUGGCCCAGCUGUUGCAGCACUUUAUGUUUCUGAGGUGUCACCAGCUUAUGUAAGAGGAACUUUUGGGAGUUUUACUCAGAUUUCAUCUUGUCUCGGUCUUCUGGGAUCCCUAUUUAUGGGACUUCAAGCCAAGGGAAUAGUGGGUUGGUGGCGGGCUUGUUUUUGGGUAUCAAUCAUUCCUGCUGCUUUACUUGCCCUUUUGAUGGAGUUUUCUGCCGAAAGUCCUCACUGGCUUUUCAAGAGUGGAAGAACUUCUCAAGCUGAGGCUGAAUUUGAGAAGCUUUUGGGAGAGGCACAUGUUAAAUAUGCAUAUGCAGAAUUGUCAAAGCCUGAUGGAGGAGAUGAUACAGAAGCAGUAAUGUUGUCAGAUUUACUCCAUGGCCGCCAUUUCAAAUUGAUUUUCAUUGGUUCAACCCUUUUUGCUUUACAGCAGCUCUCUGGCAUAAACGCUGUUUUCUAUUUCUCUUCUGCUGUCUUCAAAAGUUUUGGUGUACCUUCAGAUCGCGCAAAUAUUUGUAUAGGAGUAGCAAACUUUUUAGGGUCAAUUGUUGCAAUGAUACUGAUGGAUAAACUUGGAAGAAGGGUGCUGCUUCUUGGGAGUUUUUCAGGCAUGGUAGUGUCAAUGGGCCUCCAAGUGGUUGGAGCAAGCUCAUUUCCAUCCAGCACUGAAGCAUUCUAUCUGUCUGCUGGUGGCAUGUUACUGUUUGUUCUGACGUUUUCUCUUGGUGCCGGUCCCGUUCCUAGUCUCCUCCUAUCAGAAAUAUUUCCUGGUCAAAUUCGAGCAAAAGCAAUGGCAUUUUGCAUGUCGGUGCACUGGGUGAUAAACUUUUUUGUCGGUUUACUCUUCCUGCCAUUACUGGAGCAAAUAGGAGCCCAGAUCCUGUACACAGUUUUCGGUGCAUUUUGCUUGAUAUCAGUUAUUUUUGUGAAGAGAAAUGUAGUGGAAACGAAAGGAAAAUCACUUCAGGAAAUUGAAAUGGCACUUCUUCCAGUAGAGUAGAGGGAGAAAGCAGAUAAUUUAUCUUGCAAAUAUUGAGCACAAUCCCUUGUUCGAAGUGAGAGAUUACAAGAGCGCAGAACAACUUCUGAGUUUAAAGCUUCUAAACCUUUGCCCGGUUGCUUGCUAGAAUGGUAUCUAUUCUCUUCAGGGCUGUCUCAUAUUUUGACCUCUAUUCAGGUCAUUGAUUCUUCAAACAUUUUCACUUUUUUUUUGCUCUUUUCCUUGGUAAUGAAAAGAAAGUUCAGCAAA